AUGGUCCCAAAAGAAGAUCCCCAGAACCUGGGGAUUGUCCAACUUCUCCUGCACUUCAGAUGGACAUGGGUUGGUCUCUUUUUUUCAGAUUCUGACAAUGGAGAGAGGUUUCUGGGUACCUUGACACCUCUGGUGAUCAGCAACGGAAUUUGUGUUGCCUUUUCACAAAGCAUCCCAAGGCAGACAACUCAGAUGUUUUCCUUAAGCAUUGAUUCACUUCUCAUGUGGGCACAAGUCAACGUAUAUGUUUAUUAUGGGGAGAUGCGCUCUUUCAUUGCUCAAAUAAGCAUAAUACAGCGGAUAGUUGUGCAGCUGAUGAAUCCCAUUGUGGGGAAAGUCUGGGUCACAACAGCUUUAUGGGAUAUUGCCUUGGAUUUGGUUUACACUACAUUUGAUCACCGACAUAUCCAAGGAUUCUUUUCCUUCUUAAUCUGGAACAAAAAGAGGACACAAGACAACAGAUUUCAACCACUUGUUUCUGCUGUCACAGACUUUGUGGAGAAAGCUUUUCACUGUGUAUAUUCAAAGCCAGCCUUUUCCAUGAAAGGCCGUACAAGAUGCGGGGAGAAAGAGAAACCGGAGAUCCUGGCCCAGGACGUCUUGGAGGAAAGCCUGUCUCUAGACAGCUACAAUAUUUACAAUGCUGUCCAAGCUGUGGCACAUGCCUUAAAUGCUGCACAUUCAUCCAGAUUCAAGUGGAGGAUGGCAGUGGGUGGAGACACGUUGGAACUUCCAAGGCUGCAGCCAUGGCAGACACUUCCUCGUGCAAGAUGCACCCAAAGCUGUCGCCCUGGGUAUGCCAUAGAGAUUCGGGAAGGACAGCCAACUUGCUGCUAUGCUUGUGCUCCCUGUGUGGAAGGAACCAUCUCUUCUCAAGAAGAUGCAGAUCAUUGCAAGAAGUGUCCAAAAGAUCAGAAUCCAAACAAAAACCAAGAUCAAUGUGUCCCCAAGACUAUCACCUUCCUAUCCUAUGAAGAAUAUUUGGGGAUCAUACUGGCUUCCUUUGCCCUCUUCUUGUCUUUAACCACAGGCUUUGUGUUAGGAAUCUUCAUUAAAUUCCUAGAAACUCCAAUAGUCAAAGCCAACAAUCAGGACCUCUCCUACAUCCUCCUCAUCUCCCUCCUGCUUUCCUUUUUGUCCUCCUUCCUCUUCAUUGGCCGGCCAAGGAAAGCAACCUGCCUUCUCCGACAGAUGGCCUUUAGCAUCAUCUUCUCCAUUGCUGUCUCUUCUGUGUUGGCAAAAACCAUCACUGUGGUGCUCGCCUUCCUGGCCACAAAGCCAGGGAAUAGGGUGAGGAGAUGGCUGGGGAAGAAUUUGGCCAACUCUAUCAUCAUUUUCUGUUCCAGUGUCCAAGUUGUCAUCUGCACCAUCUGGCUGGGUAUCUCUCCCCCAUUCCCAGAUGCUGACAUGCACUCACAGCCUGGAGAGAUCAUUCUGCAAUGCAACGAAGGGUCUGUUGCCAUGUUUUAUGGUUCCCUGGGCUACAUGGGCUUCCUGGCUGCCAUCUGCUUCAUGGUGGCUUUCCUAGCCAGGAAGCUGCCUGGGGCCUUCAAUGAAGCCAAGCUGAUCACUUUCAGCAUGCUGGUCUUCUGCAGUGUUUGGGUGUCCUUUGUGCCCACCUACCUGAGCACGAAGGGAAAAUAUAUGGUAGCCGUGCAGGUCUUCUCCAUCUUGGCCUCUAGUGCUGGCCUUCUGGGCUGCAUCUUCAUUCCCAAGUGCUACAUUAUUAUACUGAAGCCUGAUCUGAAUACAAAGGAACAUCUAACAACAAAAAUUAAAGACAGAAUCUGA